AUGCUUCAAUUCAAUUUCCGUCGUGAAAUCUGCAAGUCUACCGGAUUUUUUCGCCGGAGGAUACACAGCGAUCUCGAAGAUGCGGGUCCGAUGGCGACUCGGCUUAAAUCACGUUCCGUUGUUCGGUUUAGCGGACCGGAUACGGUUAAAUUUCUUCAGGGUUUGUUGACCAACGAUGUACGGAGGUUCGGUGAAUCCGCCGGCGAGAAAAGCUCGACGGUUCCUACUCCGAACAUGGCUUCCGUUUCGACGCCGCCUAUGUACGCGGCGCUGUUAACUCCUCAAGGAAGGUUUAUGUACGAUUUCUUCUUGUAUAACCCGACGCGACCGGAGGAAAAGCUCGAUCGCACUGGUUCAGGACCCGGGUCGGAUUCAGAUUCGGGUCGUAGUGGGUCGAUUGAGUUAUUUGCAGAUGUUGAUGUCUCUGUUCUCGAUGAAUUGCUGGAAACACUAAAAAAAUAUCGCUUGAGGUCGAAAGUGGAUAUUGAAAACGUUGCAGAGGAAUUCUCGUGUUGGCAGCGUUACGGCAUGAAUCUCUCUGGAUCUUCGUCUGUAGGUUGGGGAGGUGGCGUUGAUCGUGCCGGUGAAUCUACAGCUAGUGGUAAUAAGUAUGGAUGGCAAUGGUACAAGGACCCGAGGCUGGAUUGUCUCGGUUACAGAAGCAUUUUUCCUUCUGAUGCAACCCCGCCUUUAGUUGAGUCAGAUAAAGAAACAGAUGAAAGCAAUUACCUUCUAUGGAGGUUAGAGCAUGGAGUUGCUGAAGGAUCAGCUGAAAUCCCUAAAGGGGAAGCAAUUCCGCUUGAAUAUAACUUUGUUGGUCUUAAUGCAAUAAGCUUUGACAAAGGCUGCUAUGUUGGCCAAGAGCUUAUAGCUCGUACUCACCACCGAGGUGUCAUCCGCAAACGCUUGAUCCCUCUACGGUUCGUCGAUAGCAACGGAAAAGAGGUGAACCAGAAAAUAGCGGCUGGAGCUGAAGUGGUUGAGUCAGGAACCGGCAAGAAAAUGGGGACGGUUUCGACGGCGUUGGGAAGCCGAGGAAUGGGUGUGAUGAGGGUAGAAGAAGCCUUCAAAGCAUCGACUGAAUUGACUGUAAAAGGUUCGGAGGAUGUGAAAGUGCAGGCGAUUAGACCGACGUGGUGGCCGGCUGAGUGGUCACAGCAGAGUCAAUCCGAAACAGCCGCCGUAUAG